AUGGAGUAUAUAUAUUAUUUGUUCAAUCUAUUUAAAUUCUUUACUGUAACAGAAAAGGUUAUGCAUGAGAUGACUCUAAUUGAGCUAAUUGUAUUAACACAUAUAUCAUACCCUAAAGAUGUAGUCUAUGAUAUGGUGGGACCUAUUCAUUUCAAACGUAAACUAAGAUUGAAUCUAGUAUCUAAACAAUGGUUUGAAUGGGUUAGUGAAUGGUUAUCAACGAAUUGUACAAUGAUAGCAUCCUCUGGUAAUGUGGUCAACCGUAUACUUCAUACAGAUAUGGGAAAAGAUAAAAUCAAAUUAGAAAGAUUACAUCUAAAGUAUCCACCACCACCAAUACUAGUUUGGAGGAACGUCAAACAUCUUAGACUUGAUAUUCUAAUUUGCUUUUCUCAAUCAUCUGAUACAAACGAAACCUUACAAUCAUUUAUCAAAUCAGUGGAUACAUUUGAAAUUGAUGAUUACAAUACUUGUCUACAAGAUAUUAUUGACUCAUUUAAAGAUGCUAAUCUAAUUCAAACACUUAAAGAGAGAUCUAAAUUGCCAGGUAAACAACCAAUUAGAUUAUUAAAUCUAAUGGAGAUUCAAUCUGCAAAAGAUAUAUUAUCUAAGCAUGAUAUAUCACCUUUAUUCCAACCUAGUUCUAUUCUCAUUAAAUUUGGGUUUCCCCACUUGGAUGCCAUGAAAUGGCAAGAUUUAAUGUAUAUAAUGUCAAGAUCAACUGUAACAAAGAUUACAUUCAAUUACUGUACAUACCUUGAUACAGAGGUAGAGACUGCAGGGCUAAUCCAAAAUGUUGUAUUACACUAUAACAACAACAGAAACAGAAACAGUAACAAUACAGGUAGUUGUACUACCUAUACAACUCCAUUUGCAUCUGUAACUAGUCUACAUAUCGGUCCCAUCAAAACAAACCAACAACAACUAUCAUUAUGGUUAACACCAUCGAUAUUCCCAUCACUACAAUCACUCUCUGUCCAAGUUAGGAAUACUGAAACAUUGGCUGCAAUAGUUGAUCAAUCCAAACAAUUCUCAAGACUAGAAUCAUUUGAAAGUCACUUUAAUGUAUUCAUUGGAGAUACUGUAGAACGCAUAGGAUCACUUCUCACCGAGAAUCUAGAUAAGAAACCAGACUACCAAGACAUUGAGCAAUCUUGUUUGGAGAGUAUUGGUGUUAAAACACUCAAACUUGGACGUACUGGAUACUCUAUCAAUAAUCGAUUGGAUCUAUCAAAUAAUACAAUCAUCGAUACGGUCGAGUUGAAAAAUGUAUUACAAUCGGGCUAUCCAUUUGAAGUUCCACAAUUUAAUUAUAAGCUACCACCAAAUUUAAAAGAAUUAGUUUUGGAUCAUUGUCAUCUCUGUGAAUUGAAUCACAUGAUGCGCAAUUACAAUGGACACCAAGAUUUAAUCAUAAAGAUAAUAGGAUUAGCUCCGGUAAUGGUACUACAACAAGAUGAUUUCGAUUGGAUACAACAUAAAGCAGAGAUUAGAGAGGUGGUGUUCUUGGGUGGCAACGCUUUUCAAAAUAAGGAAAAUAUUGAUGAGCAAUCAACUACAAUGAUUCUCGAUCAAUUGUAUCAUAGACAUCUAAACAAUAUCAAACCAAUUGAAAUGAUAUUAGGUAUUGAAAUUGUCAACUCUAAAAUAACACCAAUUCUAUCAACUAUCUAUCAUGCCACAAGACAUACCCUUCAAGGAUCAAUUAAUUUCAAAAGUAAAUUAAGAUUAAAUCUAGUAUCUAAACUUUGGUUUGAAUGGGUUGGUGAAUGGUUAUCAAAUAGGAUGAUGAUAACAUCAGUCAAUGAUAUAAAGAGAAUGACUCUACCACCACCUCUAAUCCAACAUAUACUUCAUACAGAGAUAGGAAAGAGAUACUUGAAUGAUAUCAUAUUGACAGAUGCAUUCACCUCUUUGUAUGAUAAAGAUCAAGGAUAUGUUUCAUCUGCACAACCACCAAAGGUACCACCACGAAUACUAGUUUGGAGGAAUAUCAAACAUCUAAUACUAUUUGAUUCAUCUGUUCUAGUCAAUAUGAUGUCAAAGUCACCUGAAAUAGUAGAUGCUACUAAAUCAUUUAUCAAAUCAUUGGAUGUAUUGGAUAUUGAUGAUCCCACAAAUUCUCUCAAAGAUACAAUCAAUUCAUUUAAAAAGGCUAAUCUAAUUCAAACUCUUCAAGAUAGAGCCGGUAUGAAUGGUAAACACCCAAUCAGAUUAUUAAAUCUAAUUGAUAUUCGGUCUGCAAAAGAUAUAUUAUCUCCACCAGAUAUAUCACCAUUAUUCCAACCAACUUCAAUAGUCUUUUCAUUUAAACAAGAUGACAACAAUGGACAAGAGAUGAAAUGGGAGGAUUUACAAUUUAUAAUGUCAAGAUUGACUGUCAACAAGAUCGACAUUAAUUACUAUACAGAUAAAGGUGUAGCAAAUCGGAUUUCAAACCUCAUACAAAAUGUUGUAUCUCAUAGCUAUAACAUCGGCCUAACAACACCUAGCCCAUUCACAUCAAUAACUAGGAUAAACUUCUUUUCAUUUCAAACAAGUGAAAUGAUAUCAUCAUGGUUAACACCAUCUAUAUUCCCAUCACUACAAUCACUUGUCAUUAGGAUUAAAGAUUCUAAAAUAUUAGAGACCAUCAUCCAACAAAUUAACCAAUUUCCAAGAGUCUUGGAUUCAUUUGAAAAUUAUUUGAAUCUACCCGAUGACCAAGACAUUGACCAAUCAUGUUUAGAAGGUAUACGUGUUAAAGCUCUAAAGUUUGGUCGUUCUGGGUACUCGGUCAAUGACAAAUUGGAUCUAUCAAAUAAUACAACAAUCGACACUAUACAAUUACAAAAUGUAAUCGAAUAUCAAAUAUACAUUCCAAACUUUGAUUAUCUACUCCCAAGAAAUUUGAAACGGUUGACCAUGAUCAAAGGUCAAUGUGGUCAGUUGAAUGGUUUGAUGAAGGGUCAUCAUGGUGGAGACCAAGAUUUAACCAUUCGAAUCGUAUCACCACUACACACAAAAAUACUUCAACAAGAUGAUUUUGAUUGGAUUCAACAUAAAACAGAGAUUAGAGAGUUAAACUUUGUCUUGGGUGAUGAUGGAAUGGAUGAAAAAUUGACAAUAAUAAUACUCAAUCAAUUAUAUCUUCGACACCUAAACAAUAUCAAACCAAUUGAAUUGAUUACAGGUAUCAAUAUAAUCGGCUCUAAAAUUACACCAAUUCUAUCUACUAUUUAUCUUGCCACAAGACAUACCCUUCAAGCCAAAUACUGA